UAGUAUUUGUUUAUUCAACCAAUUAUCUAGUAAAAGGAACAAAAUCAAUGCUACAUACUUACAACAGAGCAUUGGCCAGGUCCUGUUUUUGUUCUUCAUCUCAUUACCCUUGUGUUUCUGUUUUCUCUCUGCUUUUAUGUCUCUUCAAUGCAACCCUUUCUUUGUCUCACUGUCUUCGUAAGUAAAAAGCCUUAACCCACGCACCACCCUUUGUUUGCUUAUUUAUUUCUCUCACUGUUGCUCACAUUCCUUGCCUAUAAAAUUCUGAUCACCGUAUUAAAUAGCCUAGUCUCAGGUUUUUGGGAAACACAUCAUCCUGUCUUUUUGAAUUUUUUCCCCCUUUAUAGUUUAAACCCCACCCAUUUUCGUAAGGCACAACAAAAACAAUAGAAAACGGCCACUUUCUGGGUGAAGCAAGCUCUUUGUUUUGAUUUAAGAAUCCAAAUAUGGAUGAAUAUUGGAAGACAAGUGGACAAAUACCAGCUUUUGGUAACUGGGAUUAUGCGAAUGAGUGGCCAAUAACUCAAUAUUUCGAAAAUGCAAGACAAGCUGGUUUGGUUCCUUACAGUUCUUCCUCCGGUAACAGUGAUCCAUACGCGCGUGAGGAACACGAUCUUUACAUUGUGGAGUUUAAGAAACAAGUUCCAAAGGAGAUGAGGAACCGAGAAACAAGAAUGAGAAAACAGAGGAAAGUGUACGAUGUAACGGAUUAUCCAAGGAAACAUCCUACGAACAAGAAGAAGGUAAACGACGUCGUUUGCAGUGCUCAUCAGUUACCUUCAACACAAUUUCCAAAAGCAGUGGAUGAAGAUCUCUAUAAGAUUUCUCCUGAACUUCUUCGCAAAACCAAGAAGAAAAAAUUGUUGGGUUUCAUUUUCAAGUGUCUGCUGCCUACUGCUUGUCUUACAUGAGUCACAAUGUCUCCAACAACAUUUUUUGGGUACAACAUUAAAUUUAAAUUAUGAAUGGAGUGGCGGUGACUAACACAAACUCUAUAGUCAUGGAAGUUUUAGAUGGUUUGUUUCAUUUUGCUAGGACUAGUAAAGGUGCUGGUUGACCAUGUUGUGCUGUUUUCUUAUGCACUCUCAUGCAAGGAAAAUCACUUUGUGUAUGUUACAAGUAAUGAAUGAAGUUAAUGCUAUCUUAAAUUCUAUUAAUUGCCCUUAAUUUCCUUUAU